GCCCCAGCGCCUCUGCUCUCCCGGCUUCAUCCGCCUGCCCCGGGCCUUUCCCCGGGGCGGCGGAGCUUGCCUGGGCUGUGCCGGGGCACUGCUGCCGCAGCGCCCUGCGGCGGCCCCGCGGUGACAGAGGGGCCAGAGCCGGCCAGGGAGCUGCACUGGGCCUUGGCGCGUGUGGGGUGUGUGUCACAGAGCUCGUGUUUUCUUGUUAGCCAGCAGAUCCCCCCCCUACACUCCGUACAGCCAUGCAGGAAAGGGUUUGGCAUCUGAAGGAAGUGGGUUAUCAGAGCAGUUACCAAAUGUACGGUGCUGAGCUGGGGGUUAAACAGGGAGAUCUAAGGCACUGUGGGCAUGGAGUGUGAGGCCUUUUUAAAACACCUCUGUUGGAAAAAACAUAAGGCAGGAGAUGGCAAUAGUUUAACUUGGCAUAGUUGCCAGUCUACCUGCAGCAAUCUAGGAAAAUACAGCAGGAAUAAAAGACUGCAAGGCAAAUAGCGCUCUUGAUUUUGUUGUCCCUGAGCCUUGAUCAGCACUGAGUGUCCUCCAGGGGAGAAAUGAAAAAUCAUCCCAUAUACUGGCAUGACCUGCCCUCGGCCCAGUGUCACCCUGUGCCUCAUGUCUGCAGACAGGUUGGGUUACCCCCUGGAAUAGCCCUUGACAUCAUGACAGGGGCAGGAUCCUGAUGGAACAACUGCUCUGCAGUUGACUUUAUUUCCACCAUCCUAUGUUCUAUUCAAAGACAGACCCUCAGUGAAGAGUUUUGUUUUGAUUUUUUUUUUCUUCUGGGAAAAACUCAAGACUGUCCAUAGAUUUUGAUUGCUGUGAAAAUCUAUGUGAAUUAAAGGCGGCUAUAUGGAGGCAAUCUCUGCCUUUCACACACACACCUCUGUAUGGCUUUUGCAAAAUUAGCCUUUAUGAUAGUAAAUCUUUCACCACUGUCACAGCAUUUAUGUCCUGAGAUCUUCUGGAAGCCGGGGCUUGGCAGAAAACAUUCCCAAUAUAGUGAGACAUUUGCUGGAACUUAUCACUGCAGAUUGUGUUGUUCUCAAAUCUGAAUUUUCUUUGUCAGAACUGUCCACAGAAGUGCUCUGAAUCAUAUUUGUUUCUACACACCUCUGGGAAGCUGGGCAAAACCCACUCCCUCAGCCAGGCAUGUUGGACAAACUUGUUUCUUCCUGCUGGAUUUUACAACCACAAACAAGGCUUGAAAACAAAACAAAACAAAUCAAAAAACUCACCAGCAACACCAGCAGCCCUGCUCUGAACAUGUGCGAUGCUUCCCUGGAUCCCUGUUCAUUUCCAGGAGUGAAACUCAGACACACCAGUUCACUGCUGUCCUGAAGUGUGUGGAAGCUUUUUUUUCCCUCUCCCUCCUUUUCUUUUCCCUCCUUCCUUGUGUUGAUUUGUGGGACCAGAAUGACUUUGAUUUCAGCAAGUUUGCUGUUUAUUCACGUCACAAGUUUGACAGCUUUACACCAAAUCAGAUUGCUGGGUUUCAGGAGAGCUCUGAGGCGUCACUGGGAGCUCCUUUAGAUUAAACUCGCCUCCCCGGUCUCCCCCCUCUCCCCCUCCUUCAGAGCCUUUUAAACCUCUCUAGGGCUUUAACAGAAACGUGCUCCCAAGACCUGCAUUUCAUUCUGCCACUAAUAUGAGCACCGGCCGGCCGUGCCCGGAGCCGGACUUCGCCGGGGGUCCGGGCAGUGCCUGCCCCUGGUCCGCCCCCGCCGGUGUUUCCAAGGAGACCUGGGCCGCCGUCUGCGCCGCGGAGCCGCCGCACAGCCAGGGCCGGCGGGAGGCUCGGCUGAGCCCGGGCCAGUUCUGCAGCCCGCAGCUCGGUGCCCAGGACGCGGCGUGGCAGGGAGACCAGCUGUCCUCCCAGCUCUACAGAAACAAGCAGCUUCAAGAUACUUUGCUUCAGAAGGAAGAGGAACUUGCUAGGUUACAUGAAGAAAAUAAUAACCUCCGACAGUACCUGAAUUCUGCCCUGAUUAAGUGUUUAGAAGAAAAAGCCAAGAAACUGCUAUCCUGCCAUGGACAGAAAACCUGUGCUAUUCUCAAAAGUGCCAAGAGGAGAUUAAAAGAGGACCAUUGCUUUGUUCCUCAAGAAGCUCCUCAUGCUUCCAAAGCUAGAAGGAACCUCUUAGAUGAAUUCACUGCCUGUGAAGAGCAGGCCAGCCCUGCCGUGGACAGCUGGGUCUUGCAGACCUUAGGAUUAAAAGAUGUCAACACCAUUGAUGAAGCUUCAGCUAACUACAGUGCCCUGUCCUCAGACCUUGGAAAAGACCCGUACUGCCUGAGCCCUGGUGAAGCAAUAGACUAUGAACACAGUGAAGGAGCAGCAGCAGCAUUUAGCUGCAGCCACGUGCCUCCAGCUGACAGCAGUGCCCAUCCAUGCAGUGAGGACUCUCCCUUCCUUCCUCAGUUUCCUUCAGCACCAUGCAUCUCCUCAGCAGUACCUAGUGUUUCCUCCCUCCCAGUGUAUGGGUUGCCUUAUUUGCCUGGUGAUUUGUCACCCAACAAGACUGAAGUGGCCUUCACAACUUCUCUAAGUCCCCACCGCAAUGUGAGAACACACACCUUCCACCAAGGACAAGCCUUUGUGCGCAGGGAUGACGACGGAGGAUGGAGAUUCACCUGGGUGCCCAAACAGGCUGAAUAACGCACCUGGAUCAAGGGUCAGCCAUAGGGGGUGUAGGAGACACACUUCACCUUGUGCCUGAGACAGGUUCAGGUGUAAAAAAUUAACCCCUCUGGGCUUCGUUAAAUGCUACUCUGUCACUUACCCGAUCCUCAUUCCCUCCCAGAUUUUCACAGGUGUGACUCCAGAUUGCACUUGGACAAUUAUCUGCCCCAGGCCAGAUGUACAAAUUGGAUUCCCUUGUCUUGUGCCUGUGUUGAGAUACCUGCUUUUACUUGCUUCCUGGUUUUUCUAUCAUCAGCUAUUCCUUGUUACUGGUAGUUUCCAGGCUGGAGUGCUUUCAGCUUUGAUGAUCACUCUCACAUGCACCAAACUGGAAAGCAUUUUGGGUUACUGUUGGGAAAUAGCACCUCUCUCAUGGAUAUCCACGGAUAACAAAGGAGGCAUAGGUUGGAGACUGGGGAUCAGGAAUUUCUAAGUGAUUUAUAUCUGUCUUAACUGCACAGAUUGCCUUGGAUUUAAGUACCCAUGGUUGCCUUAUGUGCUACACAAGGCUGACCUAUCUGCAGAUCCGUGGUGCUGUCACAUUCUUUGAUGAUGCCUCAAAAUAAACAGGGUUUGCUUCUAUUGCCUGGAGGCUAUUUAAUUGCAAGUGAUUCAGUGAGUUCAAGGGAUUUUUCUAAGGUGUGAUUAAGAGACUAAUAUGUUUACUAAUAUGUUUUAAAGGUAUUUUGUCAGUUAGAUAAAGGGACUUUACCUUUGGGGAGGCAAUAUCAGUGGCUGGAGUGAGUCUUUGGGAACCACAGCCUUCUUGCCUUUCCAUGUCUCUGCGAGGGAGUGGUGGGCUCAAGGUAAGACCAUCACUACCUUGAGAAUGCUUUAAAACUCUCUGAAGAGAAGGUGCUCUAGCACUGCACAGAACUUGACUUUUAGUAAUGCUACUAAUGAUAUGAAGUCAACAGAUAUGAAGGAAGCUCACCAGUACUGUUUUGUGUUACCUUUGUUUUCUGUUUUACAGUAAUUUGGUGCCUAAAUAUUCAAAAUAGAUUGAUUUGGUUAUUCAUACUUUCAGAAUGGUGUCAGUGACGUUAAGGACUUAAGUACAAAAUAACCACAACUGAGAAUUUCCUUCCAGUGGCUUAUUUUCCUAUAGAAAAAUGGGUAUUCCUUUAUUUUUACCUCCUAAAUAGCCUGUCGUGCCUUAGAAUAUGUGACAUACUCCAUCAGGAGCAGUGAUGAUUUUCCAAAAGACUUUUAAAUAAACAAACUCUUUAUUUCUGGGCAGUUACUUUAAAGUAACUGUGGCAGAUUUCCAGAAUAGGCAAUUAGAAAGCACUGACUGUAGACAUUAUUGCACUGGAUUAAAAAAACAACCAACCAAAAAAAACCAAACCAACCACAAACGCACACAACAACCACCACAAAACAAAACCACAAAAAAAACCCAACAAAAAACCCUCAAACCCCGAAACAAAUGAUGCACAUGGAAUAAAUACAAAGUCUUCGUUUGGGAAGUUUGUUGUAGUCCAUGAAAUUAUGACCAGCUGAUGAAGACUAGUCAAAUAAGACAACUGUUUCUGUAGCACUUUUCUGCUUUUCAGUGAAAGCAGAAGAAAAAUCUUGUCCUACAAACAACUCAUUUCUUUCUCAAGGCAUUUCAUUUCUAUUAAUCUCCUCUUGCUCCACUAUAUAGGAUAACACUGAAGAAAACACUUCUGUCACAGGAGUUUUUAUUGGUGUGUGUGGUAGUGUAGAAAAUACGUGACCUUAACAUGAGUGUGUGAUGAGACACCCUGGUAUAUGUGAUGUGGGAGAUGCUGGGAAUAGACUGUGUGACUAGAGGAUUACACCCAAUUGCAGCUGUGGGUGUCACAUCUUUUAAAACAGCUGUAAAACAUAGGUAGAGAAACAUCUGUGUUUUCUAACACUGUUAAAUGGUAUUACUUAACAAAUUUCAAUGCUAUGGAGUCAGCAGUAGUAAUAAGUACAUUUGUCCUGUCAACAAAUAUUGAAUCAUUUUUUUUCUCUGAAGAGAGAGAAAAACUUUCCAUUUGUUUGACAUUUCCUUUCCACAUUUUUAUAUCACUGCAUAUGAGAACUUCUCCUGCAGACAGACAGAAGUGUCAGAUCUUUGAUACAAUCUUGAAGUAGGGUUUCAGUAGGAACAAACAGAUGCUUCAGCCUUUGCCAGACUUUUGUAAAAGGGUGAUUGUCCCCUUGUCUCAUAGCAAAUAGGUUAUGGAUGUAAGGGAAUGAUGUACGUGAAUGAAUCCUCUUUUCCUGUGGGUUCCUGAAUUUUACUCUCUAUGAAGGAGUGGAGUCCUGUAGGAGAGAUUUCUGUCUGAGCCUGGUUUAUUUGGGUAGAGAAUCCAAUGGUGCUGCUCCUGUCAACUCAUGGGUGCUCCUGACCUAGAUAUGCAAACUUAAAAUUUUGAUGUAGACAACUGCUUGAGCAAAGGUCUGUGUUAAUAAUGCUGCUGAUCACUGGAGCAGAGGGAGCACACUGGAAAGGAAACAGAAGAAUCUCCAAAGCAUUUUAACAUAUAACUAAAGGUGAUUUGUUUUUCCCUGACAGCACCAUCUGAACUAGUAUUUCCUGAGUUAUUGUGAAGAACAAUAAGAACAAGCUACUCUGUGCCUAAAACCAACCCGCAACAGCCCAGUGACUGAACCCUUCCUUUAGAUAAAUACUGCUCCUAUUGCCAAAAGCAAGCCAUUACUCAGCA